GGAACACAGUCUACUCUCAGGCUGGCUCCUAGUUAACAUCUAUGGCUGUAGCCAAAUGUUGAAUACACUACUGAGGAGCGUUACAUAUUUAAUUCCAUGCACUUUUGGAGAAACUAAUUGAGCUUUUGGAGGAAGUAACUAAUUAAGCAUUACUGUGAACUGGUGUACAAAUCGAUUUUUUUAGGCAGAAGGUAGAAGAUUACAGCAGUGUUGAAGACGAUGAGGGCUCUUGUGCUGGGGUUGGUCUGUUUUGUGACAUGGUCUGGUUCUACAGAGGCUCAGUUUCCUCGAGUGUGUAGCACGGUGGAAGGGAUCGUCUCAAAGCAGUGCUGCCCUGCCCUCGGCUCUGACCCUGCUAACAUUUGUGGACUUUUAUCUGGACGAGGAAACUGCUCCGACAUCAGAGUCAGUACCAAACCCUGGGGUGGACCAUAUAGGUUGAGAAAUGUUGAUGAUCGAGAAAGGUGGCCAACCAAAUUCUUCAAUCAGACAUGCAGGUGCUCUGGUAACUUUGGUGGCUUUGACUGUGGCCAGUGUAAAUUCGGCUGGAAAGGACCAAACUGUGACGUGCGUAAAUCCCCGGUGGUGAGGAAGAACAUCCACUCUCUGACUCCAGCUGAGCUCCAGGAGUUCCUGGAUGUGUUGGACCGGGCCAAGAACACCACCCACCCAGACUAUGUCAUUGCCACACAGCACUGGCUGGACCUGCUGGGGCCCAAUGGAACCCAGCCCCAGUUCUCCAACAUCUCCAUCUACAACUUCUUUACAUGGCAGCACUACUACUCUGUCAGAGACACACUUUUAGGUCCAGGUCGUCCGUUCAAGGCCAUUGACUUUUCCCACAAAGGACCAGCGUUCGUCACCUGGCACAGAUACCACCUCCUCAGUCUGGAGAGAGACCUGCAGAGACUGACUGGCAAUGAGAACUUUGCUGUUCCAUUCUGGAACUUUGCCACAGGGCAGACUGAGUGUGACGUCUGUACAGACUCCCUCCUGGGGGGGCACAACCCAGAUGACUCCUCCCUCAUCAGUAACCAGUCCAGGUUCUCCAAUUGGGGGGUGGUGUGUGACAGCAUGGAUGACUAUAACCGCCUGGUCACUCUGUGUAAUGGGACCAGUGAGGGACGUAUAAGGAGAGGUCAGAUGGGAGGAGCGAGGACCAACAUGAGUCUGCCGACCAUGAGUGAUGUCAGGAGCUGUCUAAACCUCAGAGACUUUGACAACGCUCCCUACUAUAUUAACUCUACCUUCAGCUUCAGGCAACCUAAACGGAAUUCUCUUGAAGGCUAUGACAAGCCAGAUGGAGAGGCGGCGCUUGACUCCUCAGUGAACAACCUGCACAACCUGGUCCACUCCUUCCUCAGUGGAACCAGUGCUCGGUCUCACGCUGCAGCCAAUGACCCCAUCUUUCUGGUGCUCCAUGCUUUCACUGAUGCCAUUUUCGAUGAGUGGAUGAGGAGGUCUGUUCCGCCAAACUCCAGUUUCCCAGAUGAGAUGGCUCCCAUUGGUCACAACAGACAUUAUAACAUGGUGCCAUUCUUCCCUCCUGUGACCAAUGAGGAGGUUUACGUGGCUUCUGAUCAACUGGGAUAUUCUUAUGCCAUUGAACUCGAUGCUACAGAUGGUGGAUUUGUGUUUGUGCUGGGGUCCACUCUGGGUGGUGUUUUCCUGGGUCUCCUGGUUCUUCUACUCGUCCUGCUGCUCUACUUGCAACAACGUAGGAAACAUGGCUUUGAACCCCUUAUCAAAGCCGAGUUCACCAACAAAAGGUACACAGAGGAAGCCUAGAGACCGUAGGCACACUUUGGCAGUGUUUUUUGCACAAAUACAUAGAGUAGCCAGCCAAAUAAAAAACAUAGCCAGCCAUGCGUCCCUGAGCAAAGGGGGGUCUGGGGGGGUUAACCCAUUUUUUUUUCUCCUGAAGGAGCUCUAUUUUGGUGGCCUCUGAUGCCUUGAUUCCAUCUGAAUACUUUAUCGAGUUUACCUCCCAGAUUGGAAAAAUGAGUUGUUGUAUUGUGUAGAAAGACAUGACUUUACCAUUUGUAUUACUGAAAAUGUAUGAAUUCAGAGUUUUGUUAGUUGUUUUGUAUGUCGUCUAGGUCAUAGGCCUAUAUGAUCAGGACUAUCUUCUAAGUAAGAGAACAUUAAACCUUUUUUAACAUUUAACCUGUCUUCUCUUGAGAUUAAAGUCUUAUUUACAGUUUUGCUGCAAGAUACAGUGGCUUGCAAAAAGUAUUCACCCCCCUUGGCAUUUUUCCUAUUUUGUUGCCUUACAACCUGGA